AUGUCUUCUCUUUUAACCCCUGAUGUACAGAUCUUUCUGGCCACUGCUGGAGAUUAUGAAGGGGUCAUGGCAAUCUCAGAAGGGAUCUACAUGGGGGUGGAUUACUUGCCAUACCGAUACCACACAUGGCUGAAGGACCCUCAGAGGAGGAUGUUCGUUGCCAAAUCAGAGGGCAAAGUGGUGAGUGUGAGGGAUUACAUUAAUUAAAGACACCGGAAUGAAUUUACUGGAUAUCAAAUCAAUAGAAGGGAUUGAUUUGCAAUGUAACAUGCAUUUUAUUUUUUGUGAUUUCGAAAGGAGAAACUUUCUUGACAUGAUUGUGGUCUCUAUUUUUAGGUGGGAUUUGACUCCUUCUUAUUGGUUGAUGGUGGUGUUACAGCUGUCGUGCAGGGACUUCGUGUUGCCGAUUGGAUGAGAGGUUGUGGAGUGGCUGGGAUACUUCAAAGGUUUUGCUUUCAAACCUUACGUUCAGACCAUCCCACUGUCAUCAGAGUUCGUCUGACUAUGGUAGAAAACCCACCUGCCACCAUGUUGAAUACAUACCACAUUAUACAUUCCAAGGUAAACUCACUGCAUCUAAUCCAUUAUCUCUCUAACAUUUUUUUCUCUCUUUUCUUUCAAAUGCUACAUAUUUUUAGGUGUUCAUCUUUGUUGACCACUCUGAAAUAUAACUGUACAAAUACCGGAAGUGCAAACAGGAGAUUAAAGGCAAUAUAGAUAUAUAUUCUAAACAAAAUAUUCAUGAAGUGUUCCAGUCAUCAGGUGUCAUCAGGAGAUAUAAAACGAUGGCAGCAUCGAGCAUGAGAUGUGUGUAUGAACAAUUUAUGACUCCUAUGCCUAAACACCACAGCCCUGCUGCCAUACGGGGUGGUCUAGAAAACACAUUUAUUUAUUUCACAUUUUUUGUUCAUGUUUUAGUACUCUUUAGUACUAGAAAUAUCAAACCUCUCGAUAUUGCUCAGGGCUUUCAAUAUCUUUCAGCAACAGAGCCCAAUACAGAAUAGUAUUGUCUAGAUCAGUCAUUCCCAAACCAGUCCUUAUGGCUCACCAACAGUACAGGUUUUGUUAGUAUCUCCAUUCAAAUAAAAAGAGAAAUACAUAAAUCCUAGAUUGUUGGUGUGUUGGUGGGCCAUGGAAACCACAGGUCUUGAUUAGGAUCAUAGCUUAGGUGCCCACAAAAGCACAUUCUGGGAUAAAUUGAUUGGGGUGUUAUUUGACUUCUUCUUAUUAUUAUUAUAGGGGUAGGAUUAGGGGGAGGGUUAGGGGGUAGGGUUAGGGGUUGGGGUAGGGUUAGGGAUUGGGGUAGGGUUAGGGAUUGGGGUAGGGUUAGGUUUAGGGUAGGAUUAGGGGUAGGGGAAGGGUUAGGAGUAGGGGUUAGAGGUAUGGGUAGAGGUAGGGUUAGGUAAGGGUUAGGGGUUGGGGUAGGGUAAGGGGCAGGGUUAGAGGUAGAGGUAGGGGUUAGGGAAUUGCCGAAGUUCCGAAUGUGCUGUGCAGAAGUCCCGACUUGCCGAAGUCCUGAAUUUAGGGAAGUGCCAAACCGAGCCGAAGUGCUGAAGUCCCGAAUUUUAGACAUGUGCAAUUCGUUUCCUUCAGAAUUUAAAUUCGGACGAAUUUAAGGCAAUUUGGACAUUCGGAUACAUCCGAAGUACCGAAUUGCCAAAGUCCUGAAGUUCUGAAAUUGCCGAAUUUCCAAAGUGUCGAAGUUCCGAAGUGCCAAAGCUCCGAAAUGCCGAAGUUCUGAAGUGUCGAAGUGCCGAAGUGCCGAAGUUAUGAAGCACAGUAUUGCCGAAGUACUAAUAUACCUACCCAGUGGAAGAAUGAAGAAUGUUACACUGUAUACAAGUUUAAAUAAAAAGUAUACAAACAUAGCGAGGAUUCAGCUGUAAGGAAAGGGCUAGAGGGCUGCAAAAGGAAGUAAAAUGGGGGUAAGAGUAGGACAAGUGCAAACUGUCACGGUUCUCACCUGAUAGACAGACGGCAAGACGUGGUCGCUCUUGGAGUUCCCAACAGGGGACUUGAACCGGGGAUCUUCUCAGUCCUGGUCCUGCUUUCUACCUCUGAGCCACAGCAGCUAUUUACAGUGAAGACUGAUUCCAGUCCUGUUCAUCCUGACAUGGCUACUACUCUGGGGGCUGCACCUUGACUUGGCUGUGUUUCACCUGACUCUGAUCAGUCAUCAGCAGGGUAUAUAAACCCAGCCUCGCCCUGUGCUCAGUGUCAAGUCUUUGAUCCUGUUUGUUCUAGUGUUCCUGUUUCAUCGCUUCGCAUUAUUGACCCCGGCUUCCUGACUCGUUUAUUCUGACUUCUGGCAUCCCUUGACUUCGGCUACUCCUCGUUGUUCCUGUCCUCUGGCAUCCUUUGACCUCGGCUAUCCCUCGACCAUCCUGCUGGUUCAGUCCUUGCCUGUCCUGCGUAUUGGUACUGCAUCCUGCACAGCCCCCGUGCACAGACCCACAGGCCAGGUGAAUUCUUACCUGACCACCUCGGCCUGUGGCUAUCUGCAAGGGUGAGCAUCAUAUCUGCGCUACAGACUCCCAACUCAGGUAAGACCCUGACACAAACAAAUGUGGAUAGAGAAAUCACUUAAAAUAACAUAAAAAUAAAAAAUACAGCUGAGCCAUAAAAUAGCACUAGAUGGAAUCUUUGAUUUUAGCUUUGGAAGAACAUAAAUCAAAAUCUAAAGCAUGGAGGAUUGCCAGAAUUAUCCAUUUGAGAGAGGGUUGGAGUGCAGGGUAUUCUCUCUCAUUGUUCAAACUGAGCUCAACUCCUGAUGAAUGGAGAAAAGGCCUUCACAAGCCUCUGCUAUUGUGUACAUAGUUUAUACUAAGUGACCCAUAGGUUGAGGAGGCGGUGACCAUAGCGGUGUAGGUGGAAGCAGCGGUGGAGGAGGAGAAGGUAGCCAACACUGUUUUUUUUAAUAUAUAUUUAUUUUAAUUGGGGUAGCCCCCAAAAUAUUGGGACAUAUAAAAAGAGCGACUGACCCAUGCGUGCUGCAGCUGAAACUCCACUAUCGCCUGCUGCUGCUUGCACAGUCUCAUGAGGUGGUGAGCGGGAAGGCCGAAGUUACGCUGCAGCGCAGACAGGCGAGCAGCAGCAGGGUGAGAACCCCGAAAGCGCGCACAGAUGGCUGCACUUUCUGCAGCAGCUCUGAUAUAUCUGGGUAGUUUUUCAGGAAUUUCUGCACCACCAAAUUCAGCACAUGCGACCAGGCAAGGGAUGUGCAUCAAACCAGCUAGGCCCAGAGCGGCUACGAGAUUUCGCCAAUUAUUGGGGGGCAACGGGUUGUUGGUUGGGACUAUUGGGUCAGCAGUCAUGAAGAGCACGCCCCAAAUGUACUUCUUAGGAGCAAAACAAUGGGAAAUUGUCAAAGUGUGCUAUAAACACAGUAUUUGACACUUCUAUUUGACUCUCAGAUAUGAAGUGCAAGCAUCAAAUUGAAUUUUUAGCACCUAAAGAAUUUUUACAACUGCAAUGUAAGCACAAUAUUUGAUGGUUCUAUUUGACUCUCAGAUAUGAAGAGCAUGCCCCAAAUUUACUAUUUAGCAGUUUAGCACAAAAACAAUUAGAAUUUUUACAACUGCGCUGUAACCGCAGUAUUUGACGCUUCUAUAUUACUCUCAGAUAUGAAGAGCACGCCCCAAAUUUACUAUUUAGCAGAUUAGCACCCAGAAAAUAAGAAUGUUUACAAUUGCUCUGUAACCGCAUUAUUUGACGCUUCUAUUUGACUCUCAGAUAUGAAGAGCACGCCCCAAAUUUACUAUUUAGCAGAUUAGCACCCACAAAAUAAGAAUGUUUACAAUUGUGCUGUAACCGCAGUAUUUGACUAAUGUACUUUUUAGCACCCAAAAAAUUUUAAGUUUUAAAACUGCAAUAUGACAGCAGUAUUUGACGCUUCUAUUUGACUCUCAGAUAUGAAGUGCACCCCACUAAUGUACUAGUUUGCAGAAUUCUUUCCUAAACUGUCCCUCACAGCUGCAGCAUCCUCUCCCUACACUAAUAACAGCUCUUGUGACGUGAGGCGCUACGUGACUCCAGCUUAUAUAUAGAGGCUGGGUCAAAUGCUGCGCUGGCCAAUCACAGCCAUACCAUUAGUAGGCAUGGCUGUGAUGGCUUCUAAGGGCACACAAGUCAAACGCUUGUUGAUUGGCUGCCCUGCAGCCUUUCAAAAUGCACCAUUAAAUCGCUGAACACCGAACUCCAACCUGAACAUACAGUGAUAGGUCCGUGUUUGGGUCCGGGGUCCAAAAAAACGUAAUGUUCGGUACAAACCCGAACUUUACAGUCCGGGUUCGCUCAACUCUAGUCAUUUACUUAAUUUUGUAACAUUGCUGCACAGUAAUCAAUUGUAUCUUGCAUCACAUUGAUAAGUUGACAAUGAACAUAUUUUUAAGUCCUUCUGAUCUAAGUUAUUUUUAUUGUGUUUGGACCGAACUAUUUUUUUAUACCUUUUCUAAUAAAACGUUAUGUUUUAUCAUUUUCCUGCUAUAGGUUGCUUGUUUCUGUUUCUCACAUGCCUCACAUACAUGUCUACUAGUGUUUAAGAAGUAACCUGGCACACCUCCAUGUUUCACACAGGUGAAAGAGUCCAUGUCAGUACAGAAAAUAUCCUACUGUGUGUACCUGGAGUAUGGCAAUAUCUGCAUCAUGUGUGUUUUUUGUUUUUUUUGGCUACAUGGCCGCUUUUUAAAUGCUAAAUAUAUUUUCCAAAUUUUAGAGUAUUCUGUGCGCAUGCUUAGCAGCUCAAUAUUUAAAAUGCAUCAGCACAUUUAAUAACUGGACAUACCUAAGGAUACACUGUAUCACAAGGAACUUUUCAUAUACAGCCCCUUUGUUUCUUUUUUCUGAGGGUUGCCUGAGAUGCAUAUCAAACUAGAAUUAUUCCUGGUCUCAUUGCUUUUUUCAAGGUGUCCUACUCGUCCUGAUCUCUAAUUUAUGUCUUAUCCAGGCUGUUAUUUCUGUAUUCAUUUCUGCUGAGCAGUUGGAGGAGACAAUCAAGAUUUUGGAAUCUCGAGUAUCCGCUACAUGUGAUAAUUGCAUUCCUCCUGUCUUCCUUGAAUAUUCUGAGGUGCACAAUUUGUUUCCUGGAAGUCUUAAAGAAGAGGAUCUUCUUCCUGGAAGCUUCCUCAUGCAAGCCUGGCUGCCAAUAACCACCAAUAAAGACAAUCUUGAUUUAAUGCAUCGCUGGAAGGUCCAGUGGUUCUGCUCAUACCCAUGUGAUGCAUUAGGUGAUGUCACUGGCUCCUCCGAAUUGCAUGAUGUCAAAGUUAGCUUUAAUGUCAAUAAUGGUAUCAAACAAACAAAUGAAACUAUAAGUAAAGAUGACAUCACUGCUUCUACUUUUCCUGCAUCAUCCAAAAGUUUUUUAGGGUUUCUUAGCCUUGGAUCCCCUAUGUUUCCAGUGCCCUUAGGGGAAGGGAAGCACCGCCUGGAUAUAGACUUAUUUGGAACUGACCUGUCUUUUGCCAAAAUACAUGUACUAUACCAGUUAAAGGAGGCUGUGAAGAAAUUGUCCACUGGGGGCAGUAUUAUCUGCUUUGUGUACAUAGAGGAGAGUCUACUUGCUGGGCUCAACGGCUUUUUUGAAGGAUUCACUCCAUUCCCAAUCUGGAGUAAGCAACUGGUGCUAGAAAUGGACCUCACAGCUGCUAGGAUCUCAUGAUUCUAUCCUUGUUGAAGUAAUAGAUUAUGCAGGCUGUGACAUGCUAGUAUCUGCCCUAGG